CUAUCUAGGGUAUACAGUGACUAUGCAGUAGGCUACAUAGUAGUACACUUUAUGUCGAAUAGGGCGCUAUUUGGGAUCGAGCCUGGGAAAUCGCUUAUAACAACAGCGCGUUCAAAAACUUAGUGAUGUUUUAAGGAUAAAUGAUAAUGGGUAGACAAGAAUGGAUAAAUAAUAUGAUAUACUUCCAGGCGCGGUGUCGCGGAUAUCUGAUGAGGAGAGAAGUGAAGUGUGUUCAGGCUGAAUAUGAGGACACAGUGAGAGAGCUGGAGGGAGGUGUGGAGCACCUGAGCUGGAGAGGACAGCUCAUACCCAGACCUCACUUCACUGAUGCUGACACGGACAGCGCCUUUUUCAGAUAUCCUCGGCCAAAGAUCCAGACCCAGGAAUGUCCUGAGGUAGUGGAGGAAGCGAAGGUGCAGGAUGAAACACCUUGCCUUCACUCAGAGGUCCUGGUUCCUGAGAGGGAUGAAGAACCGAUCUGUGGCCCGGAGAUGGACACCGGCACACCACCGGGGGGCGAUACAGAGCGAGAGGGAGUAGGGAGCGACAAUGCGGCUGAAACGGCUGCUCUGGUUCUGCACAUGAGCGACAGCAUACUGCAGCAUGCUCCCCCGAUGCGCACUCUGCUGAAAGAUGUAGCACACACUCCUGAGGCUCUGAAGCAGCACAGAAACACUCUGGCCAUGGAGCUGCUGUGGAUCCAACAGGCCGUCGCCAGCAGGAAGAAAUAUCUGACCCUGAAGCAGAAGAUGGAAACGUCGUAGCGACAAAGGACCUGGAAAUGCUGAAAAAGUGGACACUUGAGUGUUUAGUGGCUUCACAAGUGAAGGUUUAAUUGGACAUUGACCUUCUUCAGUAUAUUCUCCUGUCACCUUCUUAUUUCUGCUGGAAACGGAAAAAAAGCGUUGAAGAAAGCAGGAUAUAAAGAACUUAAAGGCGAUUUUAUAUCGAGCCGUGACGCUGUGCCUGUUUAUUUUUGUUUAAUCUUUAAUAAAUGCUAUUUAUUUUGUA